CAUCGUGAUUCAAAUUUACCGGUUCGAUAGAGCUGUUGUAGUGAGCUUUAAACGUUAAACUUCUCCAUCUGGUAAACUUGUGAUCCUAAAUUUUUCACUUCAAAUCUAUUGCCUUCAAUUUGUUAUCAACAAUUACUGAACUGAUUUGUUAACUUUACAUUAUUAUUAUUACACGGAUGCAAAAAAUAUCAACAUCAAAUAUCAAUUUCUAUCAUGAUUGAUUAUUGUUAUAACUUGUUAUCUUUUUUACUUUAAUGAAAUCCUCAUCCAACUGAAACUGGCCAUUUGACUUGAUUUUAAAAAAUAAGUCGAUUAACAUCUUUUCAGAUCCAUUAGGUAAAGUAAUUUCAUUCUAUUUAAUUUAUAAUCAAAAGUUUUUACUGUAUAUCACUCCAUCAAGCUGUCUCUUAUAAAAAUCAAGGAGCGUGAAUGAAAUUCAAGGACUUUUAAAUUUUCAAUUCAUUGAAAGCUAUCAACAAUAUUUUUUGAUUAUUAUGGAAACAAUAAAGCAAGCUCUGAAAGAGGAAGGAGUACCCAGAGAAUUAAGUGAUUCAGAAAUUGAAAAACUUUUAUCUGAUCAAUGUAUAUCAACUUUUCAACGGAACAAAUUAGAACGUGAAGCAAAGAAAAAUUGGGAUUUGUUCUACAAACGAAACAAAAACAAUUUUUUCAAAGAUAGACACUGGACAACUCGAGAAUUCACGGAGUUACUGACUGACCAAACCAUCGAUGAGGAAAAACAGAUCAGCAAUAAAGUUUUACUUGAAGUUGGUUGUGGUGUAGGCAAUUUCAUUUUUCCUUUGAUUGAAACUGGUUGCAAAUACUUUUUCCUAGCUUGUGAUUUUUCACCGGUCGCCAUUGACAUACUUAAACGUAAUCCAUUAUACAAUGAAGAGAAAUGUAAAGCUUUCGUUGCUGAUAUAACAGACAAAUCAACAUUUGUCAACUCGAUUGAUUCAUUCGGGUAUAUUGGAAAUAUAGACAUAAUUAGUUUGGUUUUCGUUCUGUCGGCGAUAUCUCCUGAUAAAAUGAGUAAUGCUGUUGACAAUCUGUUUGAGGUUUUACGUCCAGGAGGGAUUGUUCUGUUUCGUGAUUAUGGCAUCUUUGAUCAUGCAAUGAUUCGAUUUUCAGAAGGUCAUAAAAUAAGUGAUAACUUUUACGUAAGGCAAGAUGGUACAAGAGCUUUUUAUUUUACAAAAAAGAAUGUGAUGGAGCUUUUCACGAAGAGUGGUUUUCAGAUGAUAUCAAAUGAAUUUGUACGAAAAGAGACGGUGAAUAAAAAAGAAGGUAUUUCAGUUCCUCGGAUCUUCAUACAAUCCAAAUUUUGUAAACCGAAAGAUUUGUAAUCACAAUGAUUUAAUAGUUGAUUUGAUGAAACAUGGAUAUAAAAGAUGAUGACCAUUGUGUUUUGCAGUUGCUUAAGUUGCGCAUAACCAACUCAAAGAGAAUUGAAAAAUAAAUCUUCGAAAAUAA